AUGUCUGGAGGAAGAAAGAGACCAUUCGACGAUGAUGUUGUCAUUGAGGCAGCAUCCGAAGAAACCCAAACACAUACCUCGAAGAAACCUAGAAAAGAAACGAAUGCAUCUGCCCGCCGUUCAUUGUUUGUUCGUUCUUUGCCUGCGACAGCUACAACUGCAUCAUUGACUGAGCUAUUUUCCGACAAUUACCCCCUCAAGCAUGCCACAGUUGUACUUGAUCCCGUUACAAAACAAUCAAAGGGUUAUGGAUUCGUUACAUUUGCAGAUGCGGAAGACGCUCAGAGAGCUCUGGAUGAAUUCAAUGGUCAAUCAUUUCAAGGUCGUAAAAUGAAAAUUGAGAUUGCUCAACCACGUUCCAGAGAUGCGCCAGCUAAAGGUGGAGACGAUGGAUUGAAAAUGCCCAAGGAGAAAAAUGCAAUUGCUACCGAAGCAGCUGCUGUCAAGAAAGCCCGACAAGAGAAAUUGGCAGAAUCAAAAGCCCCUCCCAAACUUAUCAUUCGAAAUCUGCCAUGGAGCGUCAAGACCCCCGACGAAUUGGCUAAACUAUUUAUGGGUUUUGGAAAGGUCAAGUUCGCUACAAUGCCCAAGGUUAAAGGAAAGGAAGCGGGGUUCGGAUUUAUCGUUAUGCGGGGCAAGAAGAAUGCAGAGAAGGCAUUGGCUGCAAUCAAUGGGCGUGAGAUUGAUGGCAGACAAUUGGCUGUUGAUUGGGCUGUUGAAAAGGAUGUUUGGGAGAAGAAGAAGAACGAGGAUGCAGGUAUAAGUGAGGAUGUAGAAAAAACAAAGGAUGAACCCAAAAAGCCGAAAGACAAGGCAGAGGACGACGAUGUAGACGAUGAUGUCGCAGAUUUUAUGAAGAAUUUUGGAGAUCAAUUAGAGUCUGAGGACGAGAGUGAUCCUGAAGCCGAUCAAGAGAAUGAAGACGACAUUGACGAUGAGGACGACGAGGACGACGAUAUUGAAAAUGACGAUGACUUUGAUGAUAUAGCUGACGAUGAGUCGAUUGAAGAAGAAAAGCCAAAGAAAGUUUUCAUUACAGACAAUUCAACAACACUUUUCAUUCGCAAUCUCCCUUUUACGACUCUCGACGCAACCCUGAAGGAACACUUUGAACAAUUCGGUCCUGUUAGGUAUGCUCGAGUGGUUAUGGAUAAAGCAACAGAUCGUCCUAAGGGCACCGGCUUUGUCUGUUUCUACAAUAUCGAGGAUGCUGAGUCUUGUUUCCGAAAUUGUCCCAAAUAUCAACCUACUGGUGCAAAUGCAAUUAAAAAGGGUGAUACUCCACAAAUCAAGCACUCCCUCCUAGAACCUGAAAAUGCAGAUUCAACAGGUGCUUAUACCAUCGAAGGGAGACUUCUUCAGAUAUCCAAGGCUGUUGAGAAAGAUCAAGCAGUGAAGCUUACAGAGGAGGGAUCGCAUUUUCGUGAUAACCGCGACAAAGAUAAACGAAAGCUUUACCUUCUUCAAGAAGGUACUGUUGCAAAGGGUACCCCUCUCUACGAUACACUCCCACCUUCCGAGGUAAAGAUGCGCGAGGAUAGUGCCAUGCAAAGAAAGAAACUUAUCCAAGGCAACCCAACUUUACAUCUCAGUCUCACGCGUCUAGCCAUACGUAAUAUACCCCGAAAUAUCGAUUCUAAAGCUCUCAAAGCUCUAGCUCGUGAAGCUGUCGUUGGAUUUGCUACAGAUGUUAAAGCAGGGCUACGUCAACAACUAUCCAAGGAAGAAAUCUCACGAGGAGGCGAGGAGAUGCGUGAGGCUGAAAAGCAAAGGAAGGCCAAAGGGAAGGGUAUUGUUCGACAGGCUAAAGUCGUCUUUGAGGGUAGAGAAGGCAAGAAAGUUAGCGAGGAGAGCGGUGCUGGAAAAUCAAGAGGAUAUGGUUUCGUUGAAUAUUCGAGUCACAGAUGGGCUCUCAUGGGAUUAAGAUGGUUGAACGGCCACGCACUCACCAACUCCCAAGGGAAAACACAGAGAAUGAUCGUAGAAUUUGCCAUUGAAAACGCACAAGUAGUUUCUAGAAGAAAAGAACACGAAGAGAAAGCUCGCAAUCGCUCAAAAGAAGUUACAGAUAAGAUUGCCAAGGGCGAAAUCGUCAGCUCGAAGAAAUUAGCAGGUAGAGACACACAAAUGAAAUCGAUGAGGAAGGGUGGAAAGGGUAUCAAGGGAGCUGGUAAAGGUGGAAAUUUUGAAAAAGAAAAGAGCUUUGAUAGAGUCGCUCUCAAGGGUAAACGCAAAGCAGAAGACGACGCAUCCGAACAAAAGGAUAGAAAGAAGCCAAGGAACGAAGCAGCGGAAGGUGAUGAUGACAGCAAACAAAGAAAGAAGGCACAAAUCAUUCAAAAGAAGAGAAUGAUGAGGAGGAAUAGGAAGGGUGGUGCUUAG